UUACACUUACCUUAGUACCCUAAAGAAUUCAAUUUUCUAACACUCUGUUACACAAAAACCACAUACCGCACACUGUACACACUCACAAAAGCCAAUCAACAUAUAUCUCUUCACGCUUCUCUUAGCUUAGCUGCUUCCCUCUCUCUUUCUGUCUCUUUCUGUGUGUGUAGGUUUCAUUUUUUGGCCAUGUUUUUUUGGGGGCCACACCUCCACUACCUUGUGUAAAUCCUUAAUACCUUCGAAUCCUAAUGUUUCUUGAUCUGGGUAUCAAGUAUCCUUUCUUUAGAUCAUUGUUUUAGCCUUCAAAAAUCUUACUUUUGUUCAUUAGCGGGGAAGAACCGAGCUGGGUAUUUGCUAUUUUUUAAGUUUUGUUUACUUUUUUAACAGAUUCAAAGUAAUGGGUCGCUUGUUGAGGAUGCAAAUAAGCGUUUGCCAAAAUCAGAAUGAUUCUUUGUCCAUGUGAGUGUUGGUUUCACUAGAUUAUAAAAUUAUGGGUAGAGGUAGAGGAAAGGGAAAGAAGUUGAAUGUCAGCAACCAUGAUGAUCCUGGAAGUGGUGAGGAAGAGAAAAUUCCAGCACAGAAAAGAAGGGGAAGGCCUCAAAAACCACUGAAAGAUGAUAUUGAUGAAGAAGAAGUUGAAAAGGUAGAGGAGGAAGAUGGAGAGAAUGGAAAAACGGGCAUUACAAGCAAAGAGACGAAAAUUCCAAUAGCAGCAGAAAAUGGAAGGAAGAGGAAGCGAUACUCACAGGCGAAGGAGAAACCUGAUUCAGUGAAGGAAGAAAAUGGUGUAGCUACCAGAUCAAAUACUGAUGACUCAACCAAAUCUAAUGGAUUUCGACAUAAUGGAAGCAGACGGAAAAACAAGCCUCGGCGAGCUGCUGAGGCAGGUGUUGAAUGCAAAUGAGGUUCUGGUUUGCUUUUGUGAUGGGUCUCAUAUUUUGUAUUGCUGGAUAAAUCAAAAGAUAGGAAAGAGGCCUAGUAAAUCUUUAGUUUCAUUUUGUUUUUGUUUUUGUUUAAUUACUUUGAUGAUCUUUUUGGCAAAUUUCCAUUGUUAAUUCCUUUUCAAUUUCAUGGAGAGGUUCAGUACUAUUUUGCUGCCUGUAAUUUUUGAUGUUACUGUUAUGUUUUUAUAUUAAUCACUGAUCUUCUGUA